AUGGGGCCGCAUGGGCACCAGUCCUUCCUGCUGCUCCUGGCCCUCUGUGCCACAGGGGCCUUCGUCAGCGCCACAGUGCUGUCCGGCCUGCCCACCACAGUGAGCGUGAUGGAGAGUGCAGGACCGGGUACGAUCAUCGUGGAGUUCAACUUGACCUGCCAGAAUGAGAGCAGCGUCCCCACCCCUGCCCCUACCCUGCAGAGCACCCCCCCGACCUCCUUCUUUAACCAACCCACCAUCACCCGCCACACGAGCCGAACUGUCCACUACAGCGUGCAGAUCACGCUGAGCCCCAGUGCGGCGCUGGAUGCGCGGCAGGUCAAUCAGUACACACUGACCCUGGAGGCCACCUGCCCAGGGGAGACGCCUGCCAACGGCCAGCUCUUCGUCCAGGUCCACACAGUGGAUGCCCCCCCCCAGUGCAUGGCCAGGUUUGCUAGCCAAGUGGGGGAGCUGGUGCAAGUCCCAGAGGAUGUGGCACCCCUGACGCCCAUCUACACCGUGGUCCUGCGGCGGCCGGCUACCGGGCUGAGUUUCACCAUAGAAGACAAUGACUCGCCCCUCACCAUCGACCACACUGGGCAGGUGCUGGCACCAGGAUCGGGCUUCAUCCCAGCCCAUGCCGGCCAGGCGUUCAGGCUGCAGAUCCUGGUGACUGACAGGAGCAGGAGAAACUGCAGUGGGGCCGUGACAGUGAGGGUGCUGCCCGUCCACCACCCCCGCAUCAACUUCACGGUGGAGUGGCGCCACGUGGCCGUGCUGGAGAAGAGAGGUGCCAUGCAGCUUAUCACGCAGAUCCAGGCCCAGGGGGACAACGUGCGCUAUGAGAUCAUCACCCCAGCCGCCCACAGGCUCUACACCAUCGAUGCAGUGACUGGCGAGCUCCGCAACACCUACGAACUGGACCUGCAGCGCUCCCCAGAGGUGGCACACACCCAGCUGCUGGUGCGGGCCUACAACAUGCUGCACCCCAGUGACAGCGACACCAUGGGCCUCAACAUCACUGUGCUGUCCACCAACACACUGGCACCCCGCUGCUCGCCCGCCGUCUUCCUGGCUCAGUUAUCUGAGGACAUUCCCAUUGGCUGGACUCUGGUGACGCUGACAUGCAUGGACCCAGAUGCCAGGAACAGCUCCCUGCGCUACCAGGUGGAGGGCGACCAGCACUCACGCUACAGCUUCCGCAUGCAGGGGCCACAGCUGCAGGUCAACGAGACCCUGGACUACGAUUCAGCUGCCAGUGCCCGCUUCCAGUACGUGGCCACCAUCUUGGUGACAGACAGUGGGCAGCCCCCGCUGAGCACCCGUGUGCCCGUGCUGGUGACGGUGACUCCGAAGAACGAGCAUUCACCUGCGUGCCCAGCCAGCACCAUGUUCAGCGUGCCAGAGGAUGCAGCCUUCGGUGACACAGUGGGCCGGGUGAAUGGCACAGACCUAGACUACCCCUUCAACAACAUUGAGUACAGCAUUGCUGGAGGUGCUGGCGCCAAUCCGCCCGCCUUCUACAUUGGCCCACGCACCGGUGAAAUUCACGUGCUUGGGCCCCUGGACUACGAGAGCAAGCAGGUCUAUAUCCUGACCGUGCAGCUGCGGGAUGUGGCCAAUGAUGCAGAUCCACGGCACCAGCGCAGUGUGCUGUGUGACAUCACCAUACAAGUGCAGGACACAAAUGACCAGCCCCCACGCUGCACGCCCCCCUUCCAGGAGUUCUUCAUCUACUCCACCCGGGACCCCAGCCUGCCCCUUGUGCAGUUGCAGUGCUCCGACGAGGACAAGAGCACCGUGCUGCCCCUGACCUACACCCUUGUGGGAGGCAACACCAAUGGGCGCUUCCGGCUGGCAGGCAGCACCCUGCUGCACUCCGCUUUCUCCUACCCACCCGACAGCAUUCGUGAGCCCCACACCUUCGAGCUGCUGGUGGAAGUGACGGACAGCCUCAGUAUGCCACACCACAGCACCACAGCCACACUGGUCGUGCACGUGACGCCCUGGGCCACUACCACGCCCAGCACCACCACUACACGCACGACCCUGCAGAAGGAGCCGCUAGUUGUCACCCACACCGAGUGGUUCUGGGCACCCUCACCCUGGUUCGUGGCAUUGCUGACCGUCUCCAUGGUGUUGCUGCUGGUGGCGCUGGCAUGGCUGGCCUGGAAACUCCUGUGCAGGCCUUCUCCGGGCAAGUCAGCGCAGCCACUCCUACAGGACAGGGCCUCGUUAGACUCACAUCUGGCAAAGAACAACGCAGCCCCGGGAGAGCUGGAAAAGGAGACCAGCCGCGCCAGUGUCCUCAGCCUGCAGGAGCAGUUUGAUGGCCGCGCCCAGGACCCCAUUACAGGUCAGGAUUACCUCUUCAACAGCAGCACCGGAGCGCGCCGCUGGGUCUGA